UACCUCACCAUCCCCAACGUAAACUGGGCCCCACCAGCCUACCCAACAUUGGGCGCGUGUCACAACGAAAACCAACUGUGUGAUUAAUCUCUUAACUGGAGACAUUAAGGCACGUAAUAACGAUAACGAAACAAGUGAGAAGAAUCCGAGAUACCGAGGGAGAUCACGUGUGUGGUGCAGCAGCAGCAGCAGCAGCAGCGGCAGCGUGAAAUGGACGCUGUAGCAACAGGUUCGGAGCUGAACAAGUCCGGGAGCGGAGGUUCGGAGCGGAGCGAUGACAGCGGAGGAGGAGGAGGGAUAUUUGAGUACUCUGGUUGGGUUUAUCACUUGGGAGUCAAUUCCAUUGGCCACGAGUAUUGUCAUCUCCGUUUCCUCUUCAUCAGGGGAAAGUAUGUUGCCAUGUACAAGCGUGAUCCUCACGAGAACCCUGGCAUCAAACCAAUUAGGCGGGGAGUUGUUGAACCCACGCUAAUGGUGGAGGAGCUAGGUCGUCGAAAGGUCAACAAUGGGGAUCUUUAUGUUUUACGGUUUUACAAUCGAUUAGAUGAGACCAAAAAAGGAGAUAUUGCUUGCGCUACAGCUGGGGAGGCCAGGGGAUGGAUGGAAGCAUUUGAUCAGGCUAAGCAACAGGCCGAGCUUGAGCUGUCAAAAGGAAUUAGUGCCAGAGACAAACUAAACAUGGAGAACGAGAUCAAUCUUGAAGGACAUCGACCUAGAGUGAGGCGAUAUGCCCAUGGUUUGAGGAAGCUUAUAAGAAUUGGCCAAGGCCCGGAAAAAUUGUUACGACAAUCAUCAAAGUUGUCCAGAACAGAUGGGUUUGAAGGGGAUGGAGGCGAUGCAGUUGAAGCACAUCAAUGGAAAUGCGUUUUUACUUUGGCUGGUAUUAGAAUUUUUGAGGAUGUUUCUGAUCACAAGAAUGGUAAGACUGUCCUUGCAAAGUCUGUUGGUGUGAUUGAUGCAACUGCAGAUACUGUUUUUGAAGUUAUUUUGAACACUGACCAACAGAAAAGAUAUGAGUGGGAUACAUUGAUAUGCGACUUGGAACUUGUAGAUUCUUAUGAUGGACACUACGAUGUUGUUUAUGGGACAUAUGAUUCUAAGUAUCUAUCUCGGUGGCACUCAAAGCAGGAUUUUGUCUUCUCUAGACAAUGGUUUCGUGGACAAGAUGGAACAUAUACUAUCUUGCAAUGUCCAGCUAUACACAAGAAGAAGCCCCCAAUACACGGAUAUCGACGUGCAAAAGUUAAUCCAACUUCAUGGGAGAUUAGAAAUUUGAGCACAUCUGGGGCAUCAAAUAGCCCAAGAUGUUUAGUGACCCACACUUUAGAGAUAAACUCUUCGUCCUGGUGUCGAUGGAAGAAUAACCAGAACUCAAAAUUUCAGAGGAGCAUUCCACAUGCAUUAUUGUUCCAAGUGGCAGGUCUGAAGGAAUACAUUGCUGCCAAUCCUGCACUGCACCAUGAAAAUGCCACCACAGUUGUUCAUUCCAAAAUCUCUGAUGCUUCUAUUUCUAGUGCUGAAUGUGAGGAUGAAAUGCAGGAUGAGUUUUAUGAUGCAAUUACUGCUGAUUCGUCAACAUCAGAUGAAGAAAGUGAUGAUGAUCAAAAACUUGUUCCGCAGGAGCCAAGAGUCAAGCUAAAGAAUAUUUCAUGGGCAAUCACAACAUUAGCUUUAAAGCGAACUGCUGCUCCUGAUCUCAGCGAAGAAUUGGAUCCUCAUGUAACUCCUAUCACAAUUCCAAGUGACUUGCAUUGUUCUUUAUGGAAAGGAAAGGAUGACAAUGACACAAACUGUUGGGCUUCUCCUACUGGAAAAGGAUUUAUGAUUAGAGGAAAGAACUAUCUUAAAGAUAGUUCUAAGGUAGUUGGAGGAGAUCCUCUUCUCAAGCUUGUAGGAGUCGAUUGGUUAACAGUUGAUAAAUCUGUAGAUAGAAUUGCCCUUCACCCUAAAAGUUUGGUUCAGUCAGAAGCCGGGAAAAAGCUUCCAUUUAUCCUUGUCAUUAAUCUCCAGGUUCCUGCCAAACCAAACUACAGUCUGGUUCUGUAUUAUGCAGCUGACAGACCGAUAAAUAAAAAUUCUUUGUUAGCUAAGUUUGUUGGUGGAAGUGAUGCAUUUCGGGACUCAAGAUUCAAGCUUAUUCCUAGUAUAGUUGAGGGAUAUUGGAUGGUCAAGAGAGCUGUAGGAACCAAAGCUUGCCUCUUGGGAAAAGCCGUAACCUGUAAAUACUUUAGACAAGAUAAUUUUUUGGAGAUUGAUGUGGACAUUGGAUCGUCUUCUGUAGCCAGAAGUGUCAUAGGCCUUGUCCUCGGAUAUGUUACGAGUCUUGUUGUCGACCUUGCAAUUUUGAUAGAGGCAAAAGAAGAAUCGGAGCUGCCAGAGUAUAUUCUUGGAACUGUCCGAUUAAACCGUUUGAAACCUGAAUCCGCUGUACCAUUGGAAGCUUAAGAUGUUCUUCCAGGAAUGUUGUAUCAGUUGAUUAUAGUCCAUUGUUGUCACUCUAAUUUACACAGCGGAUUCAAAUAAAAAAUGAGUGAGUUUUUGUGAAAA